AUGCAUCUUCACGACGCACCCCCGGCGACUCCUAAACCGGCUGAGUCGGCCCUGCUCAACCGUCGUCGCCGUCGCAAAUCGCUCCCUGGCCGCGCAAAGGGUGCCAACGCCGAUCCAACGUCGCCCGAAGUCAUCUCGUCGCUGAUCUCCUCCCUGUCAACGAUCUCGGUGCCCCUGAACUCGCAUUUCGACAACGUGCCGCGCAUCGACUCCAAGGAUUCCAAAGAUUCCGACCCCGGUCUGCCCGAGCAUGGCUUUGGCAUGAACUACGGCACCUACGCCACGGUCGAGGAGCACCCCAACGACAGUCCGUUCUUGCACCCGGAUGAUGCGGCCUCGUCGCCUGUCAUUCGCAUGGCCAGAGCGCCGCCCUCACCAAAAUCCCCUAAAUCCCCCCGCUCGCCGAGAUUUAAACCUUUCAAACAGAACGACUCCGCGACCCGGCCGGCCUCGAGGGACUCCUAUACCUCUGUCCGGACCGCCCACGAGGACACCCCCAGUGUCUUUGGGACCAUCAGCACUGAGCCCGGCCCCCGUCUAUCCACCGCCGUCAGCAUCGCAUCCAACAGCUCCGCCGGGCGCAAGAGUCUCAAGGGGCAAUUUGGGCUGCUGAAGAAGUCCUCGCGGGAGUUCAACAGUGACAAGGAUUCACAGGUCGAUCGCCUGCGCAAGACCAACAGCCUCAACGACAGUGUACGCCACAACAUUCCGCGAAGCCGAGCCAGUUUGAGAUCCAUGCAUUCCAUGGCAGAUCUGGCCGAAGAGGCCGCUCCCAAUGGCCGCAAGGAUGGGUUGAAGGACGACCUCAAGGAAGAGCCCAGUGAGGGCCUGGUGGCGAGCACGCCGCCAACCAGGGAACUGCAGUCGAUUCAAAGCACCCCUGAUAAUCAUAAUCCAGGAGGGAUUGGAAGUGGCCGGAUCAUCCCGACGCGCGAUUCGUCCCUGCGGCAUAGACACAGUCAAUCGUCCAGUUCGAAGAAGCGGAGGUCGGCACGUCACAGCCGAUAUUCAUCUACCGCGAGCAAAGAGUCGACGGCAGAGAAUGGGCUCCCAGGCACCAGCAAUGACGCGGAACAGGUGACCAAGAGGAUUCAGCAGCUCAAGGAUCAGCAGCAAAAGAUCAAAACUGAGCUGGAAUCCGACGAUGGCCCGUCAAGGCCCACCAAGGCAGCAACCACACCUGCAAAGCCGGUCGAAACCCCGCGCAGCGGUAGCCUGUUCGACCACGGACGCGGAACUCCCAAUGGACGCUCAGUGAAGAGUGACCGGCCCCCAGUGAAUGAUAGUGCCCCUUCCCCUGCGGUCAUGACGGGCAAGAACCGCACAAGCAAACCUGGAGCACCAUUGGCGUCGAAGCCCACGAAUUUCUCCCCGCAAGUGCAUAAGUCUCCGCCCGAAAAGCCAGAGAUGGAGAGCCGAUAUCGACGUUCUCUGGAGCCCAUCACUCCCACACGAAGCCAUCGGCGCACUCCCUCUGGUCCCCAAUCCGCGAAUCGUCCCUCUUUCAAUACUGAAAGACCGUCCAGUGCCGACUCGAUCGACCUUGCCGUGGAUGACUACGUCUUUUCCCCCAAGUUGACGCAGCGGGUGGUACAUCCGACAACGGGUCGCACGAUCGCCUUCUCGGAGGUGGGCAACCCAAAGGGACAUGUUGUCUUGUGUUGUCUCGGAAUGGGUCUCACUCGGUAUCUGAUGGCAUUCUAUGACGAGUUGGCCCGGACCCUCAACUUGCGUCUGGUAACUUUGGAUCGCCCCGGUGUUGGCGAAAGCGAACCGCAUGGAGUUGACGAGCCGAGUACUCCUCUCAGCUGGCCUGAUGAUGUUGCUAUUGUUUGUAAUUAUCUCCGAGUGACCAAAUUCUCCAUUCUCGCCCACUCCGCCGGAGCAAUCUAUGCUCUUGCAACCGCCCUUCGAAUCCCACAGCACAUCCGAGGGCGCAUUCAUCUCCUCGCUCCGUGGAUCCCACCAUCUCAACUAUCCAGCAUUGGCUCCCAAAAAGAGCCCGCCCCUAACAACGCGGUUCCUUACUCUCAGCGAAUCCUCCGCGCUCUCCCUACCUCUCUCCUCAAAGUCGCCAACACCAGUUUCAUGAGCGCCACGAGUGCAAGCAUCACGACCAGCCUGCCAAAAUCACCCAAGCGAUCCAAACGCAAGGCCGCCAAAGAAGCAGCCACUGCCGAAAUUCCACCCAUACCAGACAUCGAGACCGCAUCCCACCACCAAAACGAAGAUCCUGCCCCACUCAGCGGAUCCAGAUCAUACGGCACAAUCCCGCACCACGCUUCAUCACGGAGAAGUGACGCGACGCUCGGUUCCCGGGCAAAAUCUCCCGAAGAAGAGCUCGAACGCCAACGAGACUAUGACACUCGUCUGACCCACCGCAUCUGGGAACUCGCGACGGCCAACGCCAACCCGGCGGUCGAUCUACUCAUCUGCUUGGAACGCCGCCAGACAAUCGGCUUCCGAUACGUGGACAUCACCCGCUCCGUGGUAAUCCAACACGGCAGCAAAGACACACGUGUCCCCGUGGAAAACGUGCAAUGGCUCGGCAAAACCAUGCGCCGGUGCGAGGUCCGCAUCCUCGAAGGCGAAGGCCACGGCCUCAUGGCCUCCGCCUCGGUAAUGGGUAGCGUCUUGACGGAGAUCGCUAAAGAAUGGGAAGACUGGACGACGAUCGUGCAGGGUCGACGUCGCGCAACGGCGAACCACGCACGACCGGGUCUCUCCAUUCAAACCUAA